GGGGGGGAGUGCAACGCACCCUGGCGGCGUCGGAAGCCAGGGGUGUCUGUUGCAUUUGAAACCAGGGCUCCUUGAUGCGUGUGAAACCCAGGGGGAUUUUGGGAUGAUUUUAUUUUUCGCUUGGCUCUCGUUGGCAUUUGGGCAGAUUACAUGUCUCUCGAGUUCUUCCUCUGCCCGGUCUCGCUACUAGAGAGAGGCAGCUGGGGAAGUUGUGUUGUUUUCACUGGAGAUGACUUUGCAGCAGGGAGCUGAAUGGAGAGCCCCACUUUCUUCUUCCCCACGCCCCAUGCCCCUUCACAGCAAGUGACAGGAAGGAAGUAAAGUUUGCAAGCAACCUUCAGCAACAGUAACUUUCUGCACAAGUCUCCCAGUGCCACACAGCUGCCUGUGCUCAAGGUGCCUUUGAUGUGUGUGCAGCAGCUUCUGGAAAGUGGACUGCAGCCUUCCCUUCCCCAUCACCUCCCCUCCCACCACCACCUCAGCCCACACAUGCGAUUUGUUUAAGAAAAGUGAUGAAAUGAACAAGAAGUGAUGAAUUACAGGCGAAUUUCCCUAAAAAGAGAUUGGAACGAGGAGCUUGGGGGAGCGGAUCGCAGCCAGCACAGAAGCUUGCAAGGGGAAGAGAUCUCUGUUGCCCUUUUUUUGCAACAGAAAGGAACUGAUCUGGGGCUGGGGGCGCUGAAUGUUUGGCUGGGUGUUAAUGUAUCUUAGCGGCGUUAUGCAAAAGGCUCUAUAUGCUUGUAUUUGACUUGCAAUGCCGGCGUCUCUCUGGGAUGCAAACCCUUGCACAGGAUGAAAACAGGUCAGUCUUCUAGAAUGCCCGAGGAAAAUUCCCCAAGACGGAGUCCUCAGAAUAUCCCUUAUCAGGACCUUCCUCAUAUGGUCAAUACAGAUGGACAAUAUCUUUUCUGCAGAUAUUGGAAACCAGCCACAACUCCAAGGGCCCUUGUGUUUAUCGCUCAUGGUGCUGGGGAACACUGCGGCCGCUAUGAUGACUUAGCCCAGAUGCUGACAGGACUUAACUUGUUUGUAUUUGCUCAUGACCAUGUUGGCCAUGGGCAGAGCGAAGGUGACCGCAUGGUCGUGUCAGAUUUCCAUGUUUUCAUCAGAGACAGCUUGCAGCACAUUGAACUCAUGAAGAAGGAUCACCCAGACCUCCCCAUUUUCAUUCUGGGGCAUUCUAUGGGAGGAGCCAUCUCCAUCCUAACUGCCUGCGAGAGACCAAAUGAAUUUUCAGGCCUGGUGUUAAUUUCUCCUUUAGUUGUAGCAAGCCCAGAGGUAGCGACGCCUAUCAAGGUUUUUGCAGCUAAAGUGCUCAACUUUGUUCUACCAAACCUGACGCUGGGAGCUAUAGACCCAAAUGCGGUUUCCCGGAACAAAAAGGAGGUUGAAUCUUACACCUCAGACCCCCUGGUCUACCAUGGGGGCAUGAAGAUCUCCUUUGUCAUCCAGCUGAUGAAUGCCAUUGCCAAAAUAGAGCGAUCGCUGCCUAAAUUGACUCUGCCAGUCUUGGUGCUACAUGGUUUGCCCGACAAGCUCUGCGACAUCAAAGGUUCCUACUUACUGAUGGACACCGUGCAGAGUCAGGACAAAACACUUAAGGUGUAUGACGAGGCCUAUCAUGCUCUCCAUAAAGAGCUGCCUGAGGUCAGCACUGCUGUGUUUAAGGAAAUACUAACAUGGAUUGGUCAGAAGGUCUCAGCAGCUGGAGGACCCAGCCACACUUAAGCCGCCUUGUUACCGUCUCAAUGGUCUUCUGGGGAUGGAAGUUUGUUUGUUUGGUUGGUUUUUUUUAAAAAGUCUCUCUGGAAAAGAUUUAACUUAGAGGGACUCCUAGGAUACUUUGCUAUGACAGGUUUCAGAGUAGCAGCCGUGUUAGUCUGUAUUCGCAAAAAGAAAAGGAGUACUUGUGGCACCUUAGAGACUAACAAAUUUAUUAGAGCAUAAGCUUUCGUGAGCUACAGCUCACUUUGAAGUGAGCUGUAGCUCACGAAAGCUUAUGCUCUAAUAAAUUUGUUAGUCUCUAAGGUGCCACAGUACUCCUUUUCACUUUGCUAUGAGUAGACAUUCCUGUCACAUAGGAGGGAGACACUGCUCAGUCAUUUAAAGAGGCCAUUGCCCUAAAGCAGGAAAGGGGGUUAGGGCAGCGGAAGAAGUCACUGAAAAAAAACUUUCCAGGUUGGUUAUUGUACUACAAGGCUCCUGUUUGCAAAAGCCCUCCCUCCCCCCAUGUUCUUUGUUUUCUCUGGAAUUCCUGAUGUGCCAAGGCUGUUUUUAUUCUGCAAUAAUCUUUGGAAUGUUCAGUAGUUCUGCAUUUUUCAUUUCAUUCCAUUUCUACUCCUGCGGAGUACGGUCCCCUUCCCUGCUCCCGCAGUUGCAGAACAUACUGUAUAAGAAGUCUUUACCCUUGAGAAGGGAACACUAGAGAGAGUUAGCAAAGAGAGCUUGGGGAUGGGGAGAGAGGAAUAAUUCCAUACUUGAAGGUGAAAAGCUAAUUUUCUAGGUCAAACCAAUCUGAAGCAACCUCUUUUAGCACGAGGCCUGAAGGGUAGGGACCUACCCUACCAGUUUGCACUCUAGAAAGACAUGUUGUUUAACCGCGGUUUAAUUCCCAGCACCAGAGCAGAGUUCACAGAGGAGAAGGACUAAUGUAGAAGAAGAUACUUAAAACCUACUAAGCACACACAAACUGUGUGACUUUCAGAUACCAAACCCUCUCCCCUCUGCAAGAUGAGCUACUCUGUAAAUAUUCCUAGGGGCUGCUUUUUAAAAAAAAAAAAAAAAUUACUUAUGCUACUGAUACUUAAGAUGUAAAGUCAAAAUUUUAUUUAAGAGGAAAUAUUAAUAUACUAUAUGGUGUGUAUCUCAGCAGCUCAGAGAGCUGUCAUUGAGGAAGGGAGCAGCAUCUGAAGAAGGAGCUAACUGUCCUCACCCCUGCAUUGUCAUAGCCAUGGCAAGGUUGUUCCACUAUGGUCCAUUCCUCUCAUAACUACUCUACAGCAAUCAUUUGGCCUUUUCCCCUCAUCAGCUGGAGAUGACCAGAAAUGCUAGUCAAGCUCAGAACAUAUAGUUAAAGGAAGGGCAUUGAGAUAGCUGACAUGUACCCUCACAGUCCACUUAUUUACUAAGAGCCUCAUAAUGUUAUUAAGUUUCCCUGCAAGCACUUCCGAUUCUGUGAAAUGCACUCUAGAAGGCAUUUCUUGGGUGAUUCUCCCAGACUUAGCAGCUGUGUCUUAGCUGGGUGGCAAUGAAGGGUUACGCUUGCUCCUGAGAGUUAGGUGGGCAGUUAAAAGCAUAUCAUAGAGCACACUAGGUAGCCAAACAUCUGUAUCUGAAUAUUGGGGCUAGAACAAGCAGUACAGAAGGAUAUUGAUGAAUUGCCACAAAGACAGCUGCCACCAGAAAGUUUGUAAAUCCAGCAGAUUCUGAUACUGGUUGGAAGCUACAGAUCCAAAUGCCAGAGCUGACUGGUCUUUCAUACCAGCAAGGCUAGAGGAAGACUUCUAGGAGAACUUUCAACAUGAAAACUCACUCACAUAGCAAGUGAGCUUGCAUCAGCCGGUUAGCCUUUCCUCUUGUAGUUGUGUUACAGCUCGUCUACACAGGGAAAUCAACUGCCAGAACUGUAUUGUUAUACCACUGUGGUUAUGCCAGUAUAAACUCCCUUUGUGGACAUACAAGUAUCCACACAGUUAAAGCAGUGGACAUUCUUAGAUCAGUUAUACUGGUAUAAAUAUAUCAGGAUAGUUUUGCCAGGCAAUAUCCCAUGCAGACAUGCCCUUAGUAAUAGGCCUCUGCCCACAUGCAAGAGAGAGUUUAGCUUUUUCCUCCCACUCUCUUAGGCGUUCCAACAAUAAGUCAAUCAAAGUUCUGCAGAGAGUGCAGGAAGCAUUUCAUCACAGGGAAAAGCAAGUAUCCUCCAUGGUUUCCAUUGUAGAGGAGGCCUGUGUCUUCUACAGGCAUUGUACAGUAGCUGGAGCUAUCACAGGUCCUUGCUGCUCCCUUUCCAACUCUGCCCUGGAGGAGAGUAGGGCAGUAUUCCCAUCAUGACAGUUUGCUGCUGUUUCAGUGGCUUGUAAGGCAAUGUACCACUAUUUCACUUCCCCUUGAAAUCCAUUCUGGCAGGACACAGGAAAGGUAACCUUGUGCAAUAACAAUAAGCAUCAGAGUCUGACUUUCAUGAGCUCAGACCUGUUCUCUAAUAAUGGUUUGAGAAGUUAAUGGAAGUCAUCCUUGUGCUUGCAACUGUUUAGUGCAUCUAAUCAAAAAUGCUGUUCUUUACAGAUUGGCUCUGGCAUUUUUACAGCUCUGGCUUCCUGGCUGCAAUCUGUGAAAUCAUUAUAAAUCUCAGCAGUUCAGCUCAACUUGAAUUUAAAACCCUGUUCCAGCCAAUCAACUGCUACCACCAAGACCUGUAAACCCCCUACAAUGGCUUUUGGGUAUCAACACAAGGUGAAGCUCAGGCGUUGCAUGCUCAAGAGCAUCCAGUGAGCUGGCUUGUGGCAACAUUUUUCUCCUACGGGUCAGUCGUUCCCCCCACAUACACACGCUAACCAUGUGCUGGGGAGAGACGGUGAGCAUGGAAACAUUACGGUGGUGGAAGACUGCCUACCUCUUAGGCCUUGAGCAUGCAUUAGGUAGGUGUAAUCAUACAGUAAUGUGUGCUAGGGUGACACAGGGAAUACUAGAAAUACUUUAUAAAUAAAAAGGAGGUGAUUAGAAGAUAUGAUUUUCAAAAGCACCUAAUGUUGUCCUGAAUCUGCUACCAUUGACUUAAAUUGGAGCAGAAUUAGUUGAGUGCUGAGCUCUUCUGGGGGGAGAGGGGAGAAUCCUAAAUGAACAAGCACUUGAAAGAAAGAACUAACUCUACAGUGUGAUGGUCGCAGCCCUGCUGCUUCCUAGAACCUGUAUGUGGCCAUAGGAAGUCCUGGGGUCAGUGCCUUUGAUCAGCUCUGUUGUUUAGCCUGAGAGAGAGCUGCUUUCUUCCUGAGCUUGGAAGCAAUAUGUAAGAAGAAAAUGAGGAUGAUAAAAAGAAAACCUGUCCUUCUGUCCAGCUAAGCUCAGCAACGUCAUACAGGCAGGGGAAGCUGUGUUUGAAAACAAAGUGUUCAGAUGACAUUUGGCAAAGCUGACAUUUGCUGCUGCUCUCAGACAAUUUUCUGAAGCACUAUCUUUUGGGAAACUGGGCCUCGGGAAGACCUAGCUGAGAAAUUGAGGGCCAGUUUCUAACAGACUUGAAUAGAGCUCAGAUCUCACUGUUUAACAUAGAAACAGAGCUAGACCCUCAGGUAGUGUAAAUCAAUGUUUUUUCAGUAUAGACUUCAAGAUGCAGGUAUAAAUUAACAUAGCUCUAAUGAGGUCACUUGUGCUACACUGAUUGACAGCAGUUGGGGAUCCGCCCCACAUUUAAACUCUUGCUGCUAUAGUUGAUCCAUUGCCACAGGUCCAAACUGGCUUAAACUGGCACAUUUAGUCUCCACCAUGUCCUAGUGGAAAUCCCUUCUUGAGCAAUUUCAUUAGCAGCAGGAAGAUCUGCCACCAGCAGAAAUGUAAUUAAGACCUUUAUUUUCAAAUAUCAUGGACACUUUAGGGGGAGCACUGCUGGCCUUAUGAACUUCCAGAUUGCUCUGCUGAGACAAAUGGGGAUAGUUUCCCUCCGAGUAUAGAAUGCAUUUAUGAUGGAGCAAUAGUAGUCUGUAACUACUGUAUAUGCAGUAUCACUACAAAGUACCAAGCAUAGCAUCAAAAGAUCAUACUCAUAAUGUGUAAUCCACACAAUUUUCUAUUUCACCUGCUCUUUUUAUAUUGGUCACCCUAGCACACGGUCAACAUAAACCUGUAGAGAUCACUUAUUUUUCCAAGUAAUUUCUGAGCCCGUCAUAUCAUUGUGCUCCAGUUGAAUACAAUAUAUACACAUGUGCAUACAUGUAUUUUCAGUGGGAAAAGUGUGUACAAGUUUAGGAUUCUUUAAAGGAAUACAAUGUAUAUUGCAACUAAUAAUAAAGUUAUGUUUUCUGAA